AUGAGAACCAGUACGGAAGAAAAUGAAGAAACAACAGCAGAAUGGCUGAACUUAAGUAGUCUACCAAGGGAUCCAGCACCCUCAGGCAGCAAGAUACCAAAGAAGCUGUUUUCAUGCAACUACUGCAUGAGGAAGUUUUACAGCUCACAAGCUUUGGGAGGGCACCAGAAUGCGCACAAGAGGGAAAGAGGAGUUAUGCGAAGGUAUCAGUCUCAAGCCAUGCUAAGCAUGGUGAAUAAUAUCCCAGUCAUGGCCAGAUCGCUCGGUGUUGAUGCCCACUCACUUGUGCACAAAACAGGCAGAGAUAAAUCGUCCUCAACAAUGGCAGGUACACUUGCUGAAUCUUAUCUCACAAGAAGUCAGUCAUGGAGGAACAACCACGCAGCUGAUCAGACGACGGAAUUCAUGUGGCCGGGAAGUUUUCGACUUGAUCAACAACAAACAGAGGUGCAGCAGACAGUUAAUCAGGCUGAGAUUGACUUGAAUCUCAAGCUCUAA